UGAAUAAUAUGAACUACGUCAUUUUUAUUCAUCCGCCGUUAAUUCAUCCAUCUUGGUUUCGCCGGUGUGUAAUCUUUGACAGAAUUAUUUCAAGAUUACAGUGUCGCCAUGGAUGAAGAAUAUGAUGUCAUCAUUCUGGGAACAGGUCUUACGGAAUGUGUUCUCAGUGGAUUGAUGUCUGUUGCUGGAAAGAAAGUCCUGCAUAUGGACAGGAAUAACUACUAUGGAGGUGAAAGUACUUCUCUUACUCCACUUGAUGCUGUCUACAAGCAUUUUGGCAUGGGCACAGCCCCAGAAGAUUUGGGUAGAGGCCGUGACUGGAAUGUGGAUUUGAUCCCUAAAUUUAUUAUGGGAAGUGGAAAAUUGGUGAAACUUUUAAUACAUACUGGUGUAACUCGAUACCUUGAGUUUAAAUGUAUUGAGGGAAGUUAUGUGUACAAAGGAGGUAACAACAAAAAGAUUUUCAAAGUCCCAGCAAAUGAGAAGGAAGCUCUCUCAACAUGUAAGUGUUUAAAAAUAGCAGCAGACUUAACAACGGGGAUGUGUGGGGGAAAUGCUCUUGCUCUAUAUAGAAGUGAAGCUUAUAAAGAUGCUCCAAUGAGAGAAUUUGUUGAAAGAGUUCAGCUGUACUAUUCUUCAUUGACCCGGUAUGAAGGUGGAAAGUCCCCGUACCUUUACCCACUUUAUGGUCUUGGUGAGCUUCCACAAGGAUUUGCAAGAUUGAGUGCAAUAUAUGGAGGAACAUACAUGUUGGACAAAGAGGGGUGUGAAAUAGUUUAUGGAGAUGAUGGAAAGGUAAUUGGUGUGAAGUCUGCUGGAGAAACAGCAAGAUGUAAAAUGGUCAUAUGUGAUCCUUUAUAUGCAAUGGAUAAAGUAAAAAAGACAGAUAAGGUAGUAAGAGCUAUAUGCAUUCUAGAUAAACCAGUACCUAACACAAAGGAUGCCUGUUCCACUCAAAUUAUCAUACCCCAGAAUCAAGUUCAAAGAAAACAUGACAUCUAUGUGAGUGUGGUCUCUUCAGCACACAGUAUUGCUCCAAAGGGAUUUUUCUUGGGCAUAGUCAGUACCACGGUAGAAACGGAUAAUCCUGAGGCAGAACUAACUCUUGGGAUAAAUUUACUCGGCAAUCCUCUACAAAAAUUUGUCACCAUCAGUGAUCUUUAUGAGCCAGUUGAAGGAUCAGAAAAAUCUAAUGUGUUUAUUUCCAAGUCGUACGACGCAACGUCACACUUUGAGAGUACAUGUGAUGAUAUCUUAGAUUUGUAUGAAAAAAUCAUGGGAGAGAAGUUUGACUUUGAUAAAGUGAAUUUUUCGCAAGAAGAAGAGCAACAAGAAAGUCACUAGAUUUUUUUUUUCCAAGACUCAGAAAAAUCGGUGUAAUGAAAGACUUGACUGCUUUUAUUUCUUCAUUGUUAGUAAUCGUUAUACAUUAUAUGUAUUUUAUUUAUGGUGUAUUAGUUAAUUAAUUAAUUUGAUAAUGGGAUCAAUAGUUGGAAGAGCUUCUUGUAAAACUGUCAUAUCACAUCUAUAGUUGGCGAUGGUGAUGUAUUGUUAUAAAGUAACAUGUCAGGAAUGAUGAAAUUACUCGUUCAGUGCCACAUAAUGUUUCUUUUCGAUAUGUGUAUGCACUCGUGUUGGUUAUUUUGUAAUGUAUUGAAGCAUUCAGGAUAUAACUUUUUUUCCUGAUGUCAAACUGUAAUGUUCUUAAAGUCGCAACACGUUUGUUUCUAACUUCAGUAAUUAUUCUAAAAUCUGGGUUUUUUUUCCCAGAACAUUUAACUUAUACGGACACGGAUAUGACAGUUUUUUACAAGGUUCUUUAUAUAGUUCUAUUCCAAUAAAAAGUGCUACAAGAAAAAAAGAGCUAGUCUGCUAGGGCACAGUGAAACAUUGUAAAAGUGGCAUUUGAAAGCCUUGU